UAAUUAAGCACCAGCUGAGAUAAGUACACUAGCUACCUGAACUUUCCGUCGACGCAGUAGUAGUAGUAGCCAGCUAUUGUAGCUAGCUAGGCCACUCACAAGAGCUAAGCAAGAAUGGUGGAGAAGCCGGCGAGCCAGGCCGACGUCGGCGGCGAGGUUGAGGCGCAUAAGGAGAGGAAGGGGCUGUGGUCGCCGGAGGAGGACGAGCGGCUGUACACCCGGAUCACCAGGCACGGCGUGUCUACCUGGAGCUCCGUGGCGCAGCUCGCUGGGCUGCGGCGGAGCGGCAAGAGCUGCCGGCUGCGGUGGAUGAACUACCUCCGGCCAGACCUGAAGAAGGAGCCCAUCUCCAAGCGCGAGGAAGAGACCAUCAUCUCGCUCCAGAAGUCACUCGGCAACAGGUGGUCAGUGAUCGCGGCGAAGAUGCCGGGGAGGACGGACAACGAGAUCAAGAACUACUGGAACUCCCGCAUCAGGAAGCGCCAGACCAUCAGCACCGGCGGCGGGAAGGGCGACAGCGGCCUCGCAAAGCAGCAGGGUGACCUUCCGGCCGCCGAUGACAAGGCCGCCGUGCUAGCACCGCCCGGAGAGAAGGAACUGGUUAGCAGCAUGGCCACCGGGGCGGCGGCGCCUCCUGUCCCGGCACGGUUCCCACUGUUCGCGUGCCAGCUACUCGGCGGUGGCGGCGGUGGCGGAGGGGAUGCGGCCAUUGCAGCUGCAGGCACCACCGAGUCGACAACCACUCACGAGAACAACGGCGCCGGCUCGGAGAGCGACGUGAGCGUGGGCAACGGCGGCGGCCAGGACGGUCGGGAAGGGCAUUACUACUACUGCGCCGUCGACGGCGACAUUGACAUGGUCCAUCUCAUGUCGUUCGACGACCUGCUUGAGUACCCGGCCGGCGAUCUGCUCAUGGAUGCGUGGGAUCAGAACGGACUCUACUCCACGAAUACGGGGAACUCUGUUGAUUGAUUUGGUUGUUGAUUAGCCCGGCGGGCGUGCAAGAGGGUUAGUUAUUGGUAAAUUUGUUCAAUUACAUUGUGUAUGCACGCCUAGCCGCCUAGGGCAGCACCCCUCUUGUGCACAAACCCAACCUUUUGUUGAAUCAAUUGAUCGAGUGGUAAUUAAUUAAGGCCUGUUUAUUUUUGUUGCGUAUGCAAAUUACUUUGUUUUUCUUCAAAACCGGUUGAAACUUUUUAGGGCAAUUAUAAUUCAAAAAAUGUUGUGUUUGCAAUAGUUUGUGACUAAAGUAACUCUUCGAAACAAAUUUGAGAGUGGUAUCUAUAGUUUCCCAAGAAAAGGAUAUUCCAAUGAUAAUGAUAUUAAAGAUAAUAACUAUAACUAUUAUAAUUAUACAACCUUUUCUUACACAAUGUAAAUUUAUGAACUAGUGGUGGUCUCGCCAUUGGGUUCGAUUGCAUCACUAGUACAUAACACUCCCUAAAAUGAUAUGAUAUGUUGUGUUGUGUGGAACUUUCAAUGAGCCAUGGAUAUAUUGUGACGUGUAAAAUGAUAUGUCGUUGUGAAAGACACUCUCGACUUGGGAUACUCCGGAUCCCUAACUGAGCGACCAUGAGUAAGGCCCGGAGCAACCACCAGAUAACCAAGUUUCCAUUGUACAUUUGGAAAUUCGAGCUCUCAGCCCCGAAGACUCGGGGUGCUUCGGCGGCUUCAACGCAACAAGGGGAAGGGUUUUGGAGUUUGAGUUUUGGCUUUUGGUAACAAAUAAUAUAUGACAAUAUGAGUUGAGUAAUACAAUGUUUUCUCCCGCAAAAAAGAAAAAUAUGAUAAUAUGAGUUGAGUAAUACAAUGCUUUCACCCGUAAAAAAGAAAAA